CCCUUUAAUGUCUCAGAACGGACCUUUGUGUAAAAAAAGGUUACUGUAAGUAAAAUCUCUUUUUCUGUAUUCUUAACCUAUGGUAACUCCUCCUUCCUGUCGUUCUCCAGCUGGGGGACAGAAGUGUACAGUGUCUAUAUCAGUACUCCUGGCCCAGACUGUGUUCCUCUUCCUGAUUGCUCAGAAGGUCCCUGAGACAUCGCUCAGUGUCCCCCUCAUUGGCAAGUAAGUAUAUUACAGAGUCCUCUGGCCUGAAACUAUACAUACACCUUUUAAAAGAGUGCUUGCAAAGAAUCCCCGUUGUAUAUAUAUAUAUAUAUAUAUAUUUAGUGUGCUCAAAGCCUUCCCAACUCCUUAGCUGCCACUUUGCAGCCAUGAAAUUUGACCUACAAAAGUUGUUGUAGAGUGUGCAAUCGAGGGCUUGCACUGCCUGUCUGCAAAGAUAUAGGGGGCAGAAUGGGGGCACAGGUAGAAAACUUAAUCUUUCUGUAAUGUAAAUUAAAGGUAAGAGGGUUACAUAGGCUAAAUUUUCUUUUUCAUUGCAGAUAGCUGUAUAUGAUAAUUCUAUUUUUCUUUAUUAAAGCCCUUCCCAGUGACUUUGCCUACACAAUGAAUGAUUUCUGUCUUAUAGGUAUCUGAUCUUUGUCAUGUCCGUCUCGACUCUCAUUGUGCUGAGCUGUGUCAUUGUCCUUAAUGUAUCUCUGCGGUCACCAAGUACCCACCGUCUCACCGCCAACAUAAAGCAUGUGAGAAGCUACUGACUAAUCCUGGGACAUAUAUCUCCAAACUCACCUGCUCAAUCCUAAACUGUGCUGGGAAAUCAGCGUGUCACAAUUAUCAUCAGUAAUGAGACAGGGAAUCUACACAGCAGAGGGGAAUACAAAUCCCUUUAAUUCAUGUAACUCCUGGCAAUUAUCUCUCUCCAAGAGUUUAAGCCACUCUUCGAUAUGGCAUUGCCAGCUCUCAUACAGAGUUAUUAACCAGACUCUGAAUAUUUCUGAAUUAAUUCCGAAUCGCCAAACUGAGUCAAAAAAAGCCAAGGUAUGACUAUAGCAGAGUAGGAGAUUUUAGCGAAUAAUCCUGAGAUUGUUACCUUGACUUACAUGAGUAACAUUGUGGUAUUAAAGGGUUACCCUGACCCGGUUCCCCAGUUAUGGGGCAAAAAGUUUAGCACCAGUUUGCUGCCUUACCCGUGUCCAUGCCAUGCUCCAAGACUCCCUGGCGGUCUGGUCACAUGCUCCAAGCUGUAGAAGCCGUCGCAAUUUACUGGCGCAAUUUACAGUGAAAUUAUGCUACCGGAGCAGAGUUACCCUUCCAACAGCAGAGGGGUCAAAAUCCAUACAAGCAGCAUUUCAUAGCGAAACGCUGCACACUCCAGGCACCAUGACCACUUCAAAUCACUCAAGUGGUGAUGGUGCGUGGAGUAACCUAUUAAACAUUCUGCCAGAAAUGAUGAACUUGUAAUGUUAAAUAUUGGAGCUGAGGUUGUAAUGACUCUCUCCAAAAAUCCAUGGACUGGGAAUGAGCCAGUGACCUCCAUAGCACUGCCCCCUCUCUAUUCCGAAACAUUACCGGGCUCAGACAGAUGGCAUCACAUUCUAUGUUAUCCGCUCAUUCUGCACUUUGUCAUCGGGCUACAUAAGCAACAUGAUAUAGCAGUGCUACAGAAAUCUGUGGCCAUUAACUAGACCACCAGAAGUGAAUCCCCCACAAAGUCACCAUAAGUAAUAAAAUGGCAUUUUUAUUUAAGGAUUUGGGAUCUUAAGGGACAAACCUGGUAAUGAAAACAUAAGUCUGGUAAGGGUGUAUGACAGCUGGAGAGGAAAGGAUUAAGGGAUGGGAGCACCAAAGUUAAUAGGUUGGCACAUUCCUGGACUGGGUCCCACCACCGCCAUUUUGUUUUCCUGCUGUGGGAGGGCCCCUUGAAGUGAUGCUAUUAGUAAUAUUAAUAUCCAUUUGUUGGAAGAUGUUCCUGGAGGUGCUACCUCAAUACCUUCGGAUGACGGUGGAGCCCUGUGAAGAAGCUGAGGAGACCCCUCGCGAACGAAGGAGAAGCUCAUUGGGUAUAAUGCUCAAGGCUGAGGAGUACAUCCUAAAGAAACCACGGAGCGAGCUAAUGUUUGAGAGACAGAGGGAACGGCAUGGAAUGAGCAGGGGGCCCGGGGGCCACAAAGGUGAGUGAAUGACAGCCAGCAAAGUUUCCCUAGACUGAGCUCUCAGGGUCAAUAUAUAUCUCUGCCUGGCAGUUACUGGAAGCCAUGAAAUGGCAGCCGGGACCAUUGCAUGGUAGGAUGACUGACUUUGGAUCCAUGUUAACCUCGCUACCUUCUCUGUUACAGCGGAUGGUUUUGAUGUGGGGGUUACAGCCACGUUAUAUCGGAACCUGGCACAGUGUGCCCCAGAAAUCAAGGACUGCGUGGAUGCGUGUAACUUCAUCACAGUGAGCACAAAGUCACAAAAUGUCACAGGAGCGGUAAGGGCGACACAUUUAAUGCCAGUCAUUCUCGUCCAUGUGUGACUCAUUGAAAGGAAGAAAAGACGUAUCCAGGCACAAGUGAAGUUUCUUCUUUUUAUUUGAAACAAGAAAGUGGAGACGUGUCGGCUUCUCUCUGAGCCUUUAUUAAGGAGCUCAGAGAGGAGACGAAAUGCUAGUUUAAAAUAAAAAUAGAAACUUCAGGUGUGCCUGGAUAUGUCUUUUCUUCCAUUUGCGGUCUUCAGGGAUUGGCCCUUCCUUUCUGGAGCACCCGGCAGGAGAUAUUCUCAAUUUUUUUUGUGUGGGCAUUAUACUCUUGUUUUUUUUCAAGUGACUCACUGAAUGUUAACAGGAUAGAAGAGUCUCUGGCAUCAGUGUUAGGACUUCCAUGAUGGAAUUUGUCAGAGAAUUAUAUGUGUGCACCCUGAUCACUGAAAAAAAGCAAGACUAGAUAAAAAGAGAAAGCAUCAUGGGCAAUCAGGUGACAACAGCUAUAUACAUAUAUUCACUAUAUAUGCAGUGACCAGGGAAGGCAGGGCGACACAGACAGAAGGAGCUAUGAGUCUGUCCCUCCCCCUGCAGGGUGACACAGUGACACAGACAGAAGGAGCUAUGAGUCUGUCCCUCCCCCUGCAGGGUGACACAGUGACACAGACAGAAGGAGCUAUGAGUCUGUCCCUCCCCCUGCAGGGUGACACGGUGACACAGACCCCUGUCCCCCUGCAGGGUGACACAAACAGGAGCUACGAGUCUGUCCCUCCCCCUGCAGGGUGACACAGACAGAAGGAGCUGUGUCUGUCCCUCCGCCGCAUGGUGACUGACAGAAGAGCUAUGAGUCUGUCCCUCCCCCUGCAGGGUGACACAGACAGAAGGAGCUGAGUCUGUCCCUCCGCCGCAGGGUGACACAGACAGAAGGAGCUGAGUCUGUCCCUCCGCCGCAGGGUGAGAGACAGAAGGAGCUAUGAGUCUGUCCCUCCCCCUGCAGAGUGACACAGACAGAAGGAGCUGUGAGUCUGUCCGUCCCCAUGUCAUAAAAACAAAACACUUAGUCAUCAACGAACACUAUCCUAGCAACCUACUUUUCUAGCCUACCCUUACUUUUGUGUCACUAUACCUCACCAAUCUAGCAUGUAAGCUCAUUGAGCAGGGUCCUCAAUCACUCUGUUCCUGUGCGUCAAACUCGUCUGGUUACAAAUACAUGUCUGUUAGUCCACCUCUUGUACAGCGCUAUGGAACUUGUUGGCGCUUUAUAAAUAAUAAUAAUCUAAUUUUCUGUUUCCCCUCUGUCUCAUUGUUCAGGAGAUGGAAAACUGGAUAAUGAUUGGAAAGGUAUUGGACGUUCUCUGCUUUUGGGGUAUGCUCCCAUUGUUUGUAGCAGGAACACUUGCCAUCUUCCUCAUGGGACACUUUAACACGGCCCCAGACAGACCCUUUGAGAAUGACGACGGCCUCUACUCACCUUGAAUGAGUCACACCUUGACUUCUGAGUUUCCAGUGAGAGGGGACCUGAGUACAAUGCAUAAGGUGACCCGUGGAUUAAAACCCCUGUACAGUUACAGCGACACGGCCGGUUUUCUUCUGCAUAACAUCUCUAAAUAUCCAGCACUGACAAAAAGCUGGAGGCAUAGCAGUGUCCCUGUAUAAAAGUUUACUUGUGUAAAAGUGCCACUUUUCUAGAUUGUAAGUUCACGUGUAUGUUUGUACAGCGCUAUGGAACAUGGUGGUGGCUAAUAAAAAUGGAAUUACGUGACAACAUGACUAUGACAGGAGCUGUAACUCAUAACAGCUAAAAUGACCUGAAUUUCUAGAAAAUAAAUGUUUGACCCCAGAUUUUCAACCUGUCAUAAGAGAACAUCUAGUUUUAGAAAGCAAUGUGUCAUUGUGUAAACAAAUAUGUUGUUAUACAUUUAUUGUGUAUAAAUAGCACUGUACAAGUUCUUUAUUUAACACGUUUAGAAGACGGAGCUAUAGGGGAGCCACCCUCUAUGGGCACUAUUACAUAGGUUAGUAUGUUCCUAUGACUAACCUCAUAUCAGUUGAGUCAGAGCGGUUUAUUCAGUAAACUAGGAAUUGUGGAGAAAUAACAAGGGAUCCGUACACUUUAGGCCAAUAUAGCUAAAAAUUUAAAUAUUUUCCAAUUCUGUUUAUCCUAUUAUUUAUUGAUUAAACUUCCUUUUCCCGGCCAGCCGUGGGGGAGGAAGGAAAGUGUUUUUUGCAAGAAAACAGAUACUUACUGUAUUUAAUCCUAAAUAAAUACCAUGCAGCUCCAGGAAAUAUUAGCUUAGAGCAGUGAUCAUUAAUUCCUAGUGCGGAUUCUUGUAUUGGAUCCAACUGACUGAAACAAGACUAGCCUAUGUCAGGGCCUGAUUUUGCCAAUGUAUUGGGGAUCUGCCGGUCAUAAGCGAUAGUCUAACAAUGAUGGUUAUGGUCAAUAUAUUCUGUAAUAUAUUGGUAUUGAAGAAGGCAUUGCCAAUCUAAUGCUGCAAACAUCAUUUAGGUAAGAGAGAAGCCAUGAGCUCUAAGGAAAAACAAUUUGGAAAAAAAUGUUAUUGAACUUUUUCAUAUGGCUCCCACUUAUAGAGUUACAUAUGGCUCUAUUAUUUUAUUUGCAGUACGCCACGCUUCAGGGCAGGAAGUGUAAUAUAGUCCAAGGAAACACGGAGGAUCUGACACCCCUACAACCACACUAGAGAGAGAAAAAAAAACAAAAAAACAAAAUAACUCUAGGUACAAAUGCCAUUUAUUAAUCUUAUUAAUAAUUUAAUAAAAAGACGUCAUUCUGUGUCAUUUUAUUUUGCUUUCCUUCCCCCUCAACCCCUAUAAAGGCACACUGAGUUGCCACGCACUGGAUCUACGCCCACCCUUAGCAUUUUACUACCAUUGCUGCGUUACGGGUAUUUCCAGAAACCUCUGCAGUAAGAUGGACGGCAAGUUGGGGUAAAGUGGCUUUCAACGAGUUCUCAUUUGCAUAUAGUAAUGGCUGCCCUGAGACCAAGUAUUCAUUUGUAGAACAGAUUCAUGAUUUUUUCAGGAUGGAAAAGGUUUUACCCACAUAUUGUCCCAGGCCAUGGAUACAUUCAUGCCUGCACGGCCGUUUAAGAGGUAAUUGAGAAAACACAUGCCCUGGGUGCUAUACGGUAAUUUUUGUAUUUCGAAAACUUGAGUUGUCCCUGGAAGAAUAAAAAAAAAUAAAAAAAAUAUAUAUAUAAAUAUAUAAAUGAAAUUCCAAGUGAGACGGAGAAAUAUGAGCGAUAAAAUGAAGUCUCCAGACAUACUGAGAUUAGAAGAGGCCCGUUACAUGGGAGGUUUACGUAACAGAAAUGUUUGUAAAUGUGAUUUUGUAAUUCCACAUGACUCGCAGUAUAAUAAACUGCGGCAUGGAUAACUUUAAACUGUGAAUAAAUAAAUAAGAUACGGAAACACUGAAAGAGUAACUUAUCACUGGACGGCUUCAGGAAUCUACUAAACAUUUUACAUCACAACAAACCUUCAGUACUCGUGCUGGGUAGCUUUUACAGUUGUCCUUGCUGACAAUUAGAUAUGAAAACAUUUUACACUAUUUUUGCCACUUUAACCAAAUGAACCAGCUCACUGGCUGAUCUACGAAAACAAGGAGAUUGUAUAGGGCUUACUUGAGACUGUCCGUGUGAGUUUUGUAUUCCAUGAUUGUAUUGGGAGGUAGAUUUAAAACUCUUCUUAACGUGUCCCGGAUUCGCACUGUGCUCAGCUGGUCAUUGGCCGUCUUGUUCCAGAUAGAAAGGAGAUCCUCCUGUGGGGAGAUAAGGUGUGAGUAU